AGCUGGCUAUCGAAACUGCAGGAGACCUAAGUUCAGUUGUUAACACUGCCUAGGGUUCUGCUUUUCUCUCAUAAUGGCAGAUUGCACAUUUAUGCUGACUCAAAUGCUGUUCAUCUCCUGGUUUUUGAUGGCACAUUGCUCACAACCCAACUGUACAUCUGUGAAAGACUUUAACGAUUGUCUAGGAAACACAACAGGUUUCUGCCCAGAGUCUAUUGUUUGUGCAUGCAAGGAUGGCAAGCCUUUCUGCAAAUGUCCAAAUUUCAGAGGCCAAUGGGGAGACUACUGGUACAUGGGGGAGAAAUGUGAUCAACUCUGGAACACUCUGGACCUGGUUUUAGUAGCAACAUUGCCUGGAAUAGCACUGGCUAUAAUCGUUGGUGUGGCAAUCCAGAUUAUCCAUUACUGUAAAGGGAAGUCAAAGAAGAAUGGAAAUCAUCACAGAGUGGAGAAGAGUAUGUCAGAACUUCGACCUCAACAUAAUUCUGCAUAUGGUUUGGUUACUGAUAGGAAUCUUCCUCAACCUAAUCAAAGAGAGGUAAACACUGAAACUCAUUUGUCAAAUAAAAAUCCAUGGAGCUUAUCAAACCCAGAAGCUUUUUCUAGAACUUCUUUUUCUCCAUCAUCACAAUUAUCCAGAACAAAUUCCAACUUUAUUGCUCAAGAACACAAAGAAGACCAUCCUUACAACUCUCCAUAUCUUAACUGGAAUGCCUCUCCAGGACCAAGUAAUCCUGCAGUAAACUAUGGAAACAGUCAUUUGUCAGCCACAUAUGCAAAGCCAAACUUUGAUUUUUCCACAUCCGGGGUCUCACAAGCAGCAUAUCCUCCAAAAGAAAAGAAGUACUCGGUUUAUAAAGAGUCAGAAAUCCCUUACAAAAUUGGCCGUGCAAACAUGAUAUCCAACUACUAAUAUCCCCAUGGAAAAAAAUAAAUGUGUGUAAAUCUACAUACACCAAUCUUGUUAUAUACCAAGAAAACACUACAAAUAUGAUUUCCAUGCUCUACAUACCUUGUUUUCUUAUAAUUAUAAUUGUUUUCUUUAUGUCUUGAGUUUUUUUUUUUCUUUGCUGGCCCCUCCUGAUGACCAUAAUGCAAAAUUUUCAUUUCUUCUAUUCAAUUCCAUUAAUUCAUCAGAUGCAGAUAUUUGUUAUCUCCAAAAUUUGGCACAAUACCUGGGUAUUUAUUCAUGGAAUUCUUUAGUAUGUUCAGUGAAAUGAAAAGAAUAUCCGUUGCAAACUGUUUAUAAAAUAAAUAAAUAAUGAUGAAUAAAGGCACUUACUGGC